GUUUGCACCUUACGCACGCACCAUUGCGAUAGCAUUAAUCAACCGCGCCAGCGCUUCUGGCCGUGCUGGAACAAUCACCUCUGGAACCAUCACCGUCUUUCCGUCAUGUCGCUGCCAUUCCACUAAUCAUGUUUUCUCCCGCCGCUGGCAAUAUCCAGCGAGGCUCGACGGCCAGCUUCAUCCGCAUUGCCCGUCACCAGGCAUUUCGUCGCCAUGGCUGGCGCACCCAUGUACGAUGGCUAGCUGCCGUCGCAGACACUACCAAACUGAAAGAGCGAAAUUCCCUCGCCAUCCCGUCGCAAGCUCGACACAGCGAGAUUGGCGUCCAACAACUCAGCUCCCAUGUCUUCGAACAAAUCUUCCCCGAUGGCAACAAACCCGCUCCCCCAGAGCUUGUCGAGCUCGCCAAAGACCACCUCCGCCGCCAUGAUCUUCUCGGCAAAAAUACCGAUAAAUCCGAUCCCAUCGCUUUCGAUCUGCCCCCGCUGCAAGGACGUACUCUCGAUGAACACUUUUAUCGGCUCGGUAUGGAUAGCGCAGAACCCUACCUUAGCUUUUCCAAGGAAUUCGCCCAAGUGAAUCCUCCUCCCAAACCCCAGAAGUGGGUGCGCCGCAGCGGCUGGACCAAAUACUAUCCGGAUGGGCGAACUGAACAGGUGGAUGCUCCGGACGAGACGAUGCUCUGCUUCGAUACCGAGGUCAUGUGGAAAGAAAACCCAUUUGCCGUCAUGGCGUGUGCCUCGAGCCCGACUGCAUGGUAUGCAUGGCUUUCUCCGUGGCUCCUUGGCAAAACGAAGAACGAGCGACAGCUCAUCCCCAUGGGUGAUCCCACCAAGGACCGAAUCAUUGUUGGACACAACGUGGGGUUUGACCGCGCUAGAAUCUUGGAGGAGUACAGUAUCAAACAGUCGAGGACCGCAUUUAUGGACACCAUGUCGCUACACGUAGCCGUCAACGGCAUGUGCUCCCAGCAACGACCUACCUGGAUGAAGCAUAAGAAGAACAAAGAGCUGAGGGAGCGGGUUGCCAGCGAAACUCCAGACCAUGACCUCGCGGAGCUCCUGAACAGCCAAAGCCUGAAUGAUGAAGAGGAAUUAUGGGUUGAACAUAGCUCAGUCAACUCGCUCCGAGACGUGGCCAAGUUUCAUCUCGACGUCUCCAUCGACAAAGCCGUUCGCGAUGAUUUUGGCGUGCUAGAUCGCGAUGGUAUCUUGGCAAAGCUGGACCAGCUGAUGGACUACUGCGCUUCGGAUGUAUCCAUCACCCAUCGCAUCUAUCAAAUAGUCUUUCCCAACUUCCUCAGAGUCUGCCCGCAUCCCGUCAGCUUUGCUGCUCUCCGCCAUCUCUCCUCCUCUAUUCUACCGGUCAACAAAUCUUGGGAUGCGUACCUUGCCAACGCCGAGGCAACCUAUCAAAAACUUUCCGAUGCUAUCCUGGAACGACUUGUCGGGUUGACAGACAAGGCACUGGAGAUCAAGGACGACCCAGAAAAGUGGCAGAACGACCCUUGGAUGCAACAACUAGACUGGUCCGGCCAGGAGAUAAAGAUGGUUAAGGGCAAGCGAAAAAACGAUCCACCGAGACCUGCCGCAAGACAAAAGAAACCGGGAAUGCCCAAAUGGUACAAGGACCUCUUCCAAAAGAACGAUGCGCCUAUUAGUAUUACAGUGCGAACUCGAAUCGCGCCUCUGAUGUUGAAGCUCCGCUGGGACACCCACCCUUUGUUCUGGUCUGACAAGUAUGGUUGGACAUUCCGAGUCCCACAAGCGGAAAUUACAAAGUAUAUUGGAAAACAGAUGCUGCAGUGCGUCUUUGACGAAACCGAGCCGGUUUUGAGAGAUGACCGAAACCAUGCCUACUUUAAGCUCCCACACAAAGAUGGCCCAACUGCCCGCUGCACGAACCCAAUGGCCAAGGGUUAUCUAUCCUACUUUGAGAAUGGGAUCCUUUCAUCGGAGUACUCAUACGCCAAGGAGGCGCUCGAGAUGAACGCUUCGUGCUCAUACUGGAUUAGUGCGCGAGACAGGAUCAAGUCGCAAAUGGUCGUCUAUGAAGAGGAUCUCACACCAAGCAACCGCCGAAGGAGCAAAGUGAGCACUGCCAACAACAAAGGCUUUAUCCUGCCACAGCUCAUUCCAAUGGGUACCAUUACUCGCCGCUCCGUAGAGAAUACUUGGCUCACAGCAAGCAACGCCAAGAAAAACCGAGUGGGCUCCGAGUUGAAGGCAAUGGUCAAGGCUCCGGAGGGCUACAGCUUCGUUGGAGCUGAUGUGGAUUCAGAGGAGCUUUGGAUUGCCAGCUUGGUGGGCGAUGCGACAUUCAAGCUGCAUGGUGGAAAUGCGGUUGGUUUCAUGACCCUAGAGGGGACAAAAGCCGCGGGCACCGAUCUGCAUUCACGAACAGCGUCUAUCCUGGGCAUUACAAGAAACGAUGCCAAGGUUUUCAACUAUGGGCGUAUCUAUGGCGCAGGGUUGAAGUUUGCGGCGACAUUGCUGCGACAGUUCAAUCCCAAUUUAUCGGAGAAGCAGACGACGGAUACGGCGUCGAAGCUAUAUGUCAACACAAAAGGAACCAAGACGAACCGAAAGACGCUGUACAAGCGACCUUUUUGGAGAGGUGGUACUGAGUCCUUCGUCUUCAACAAGCUCGAGGAGUUUGCGGAACAGGAGAGGCCCAGAACGCCGGUACUCGGUGCCGGUAUCACAGAGGCACUCAUGGGACGGUUUAUAAAAAAGGGUGGGUUCCUGACAUCUCGCAUCAAUUGGGCGAUUCAGUCGUCGGGGGUUGACUACUUGCACCUCCUUGUUGUCGCGAUGGACUAUCUGACACGGCGAUUCUGCCUCGACGCUCGACUCUCCAUCACAGUGCAUGAUGAGAUCCGAUACUUGGUUAAGAACGAGGACAAGUAUCGUGCAGCCCUCGCGCUCCAAGUGGCCAACAUUUGGACACGAGCCAUGUUCGCUCAGCAAGUGGGCAUCGAUGACCUUCCGCAGUCGUGCGCCUACUUCUCGGCCGUGGAUAUUGACCAUGUUCUGCGGAAGGAGGUAGACAUGGACUGCAUCACACCGAGCCACCCGAACGCCAUUCCACACGGAGAAAGCCUCGACAUUGUGACUUUGCUCGAAAAGGGCGACGAGGCCAGGCUUGAUCCAGCCAUUGUACCCGCUCCCAAGCAUGCCCCCAAGCUGGAUCACAUCGUGUACACUCCCCGCGUGCCCGUCAUGCAGGCCAUUCAAGACACAACUGGAGAGAGUAUGGCCUUCCUGAAGGCGCAGAUCGUCAGCGAGGAUCAAGAGCUGCGCGACAUUGUCAAGGACGUGCAGAAAGCCAAGACUGCAGGCGUGAGGAAGACGGAGAAGCCGAUGAGCAAGAAGGCGAUGGAGAAGAUGCUGCCGUACCGUACGCCGGCGCAUCUGAUGCCGACGAAUGAGUUCAUGUUGUUGUCGGAUACCUUGAGCAUGGAGUAUCAAAACGGACACAAGGGAGCAGAGAACCGGUAUCCGUGGGCGAAGAGCACAACAAAGGGGGCCGCGAGGCCAAGCUCGAGGCUCUGAGUUGUUCAUUUCUACUAACUUACCAGUUGAACCUGUAUAUUUCUUUUGGAUUGUCGCUGUACCGACUGUAUGAUACUGGACGAGGGGGAUUGUAUGUACUUCAUGUAUGACUGCAUCUGCAUUGGGAGGUUAGGGGCUUCAGGGGUUCUUGAUGGAUAGGUAGGUCACGGUCGGUGUUGUUAUGAAAAGGGAAAAGCGGGGAGAUGACGGCCUUGGGAUGACAUGUAUGUUGUACGAGUAUAUCUGACUGUCUAGCUACCUGCCUCGGUAGUGUAAUGUAUUAAAAUAGUAGUUCAAUGAACGGUGUCUGAUUG